CAGGCAUUUUGAGCGCAUUUUUGCACCCGUGGUGGGUUCAAAAGGAUGGCUUCCAUUUUAUAUGAAUUUCUAGGUGAUCACAUCAGUAUAGAAAGAGUAGACCUUCUAGAUCAACUCGUAGAAUACACAAUUAAUGCAAUUUCCAAUCAAGAUGAACAGGUUCGUAUCGUUGAGUGUUUAAAUAGUCUAAACACACUGGCCAAAAAUGACACCACACGUGGCAAAACUGCCGUUAGAGCUAGGCCUGGAAAGUCCGCUCUUUCUUCAGACAAUGAACAAUUGGUGGACAAUGUAAGGUCAUCGACAUUGGUGACUGAUGGUGUGGGUGUGGGCUUAGGCGUAGGCCUUGUAAAAAAUUUUGCAGUCGAUGCCAAAUAUCAGCAGACACUCGAAAAAAUAAUCGCUCGUGUGUGUUAUCCGCUGUUUGAAUGUGAUUUGGAAAGAAAUUUUAAACUCACGACCAGUGCCAGUGGUGGUGUAAAUAUUUUCCAUGCUGCAUGCGAAUUAUGUUUAACUUGUUUGAGCCUAGCCAAUAGAUCUCAAAUAAGGAAUAUAAUUUAUGAUGCUGCACUUGUAUCACUUCAAGCUUAUGUUGAAGAGCAAAGAUUUAGCGAAAAUAUGAAAAGUCUUCAAUUAGAUUCAGUUAUCCCAAUAUAUACCACACUUGAGAUUUUAAGUCAAUUAUUUGAAAAGUCUACUAACAAUGAAAAAGGCCAAAUAACAUUUUGUAUAUUGAUUGAUAACGAUUGGCUUGAUGCAUUUUUCUUGGAACUGCUCAACGUCAUUGAACAUGCUGAAGAUGCAGUGUGUGGCCUGGUGGCUACUAUUCUGAUCCCAAAGUCUCUAAAAUGUAGUGAUGCAACCGACAAAAAAGUGUUGAUUUUAUGGGAAAGAAUUAAGCAAAUGCUAUCUUCUUCAAAGCCGUAUGUUCAAGAUGAUAUCAACCAUUCAAAUAAUUGCUUUAUCGUAUUAUGUGCCUUCAUCAAUUACUUUCAUCCGAACACUAAUUUGCUAGACCAGCAAGAUAUACUUGCAGCUGUUUUAUCAGAAAAUUUGUUUUGGGGCAUCAUCCAGAAUGGGUUUUCGAAAGGUGAUUCUUUGACAAGAAAGAGAGCUUUGUACUUGCUGAAGAGGGCGGUAGAGUUAUCAGAAGGAAUAGAAAGGUUAGGAGGAGAUGGAAAUGAAGGAACUCUAGUCCCUUUAUUCCAGUGGCGUCUACAAAACCAAGCUGCCCUUGUAAAGCUUUGGUCAGACAUAAUUUUGAUUCUGGAAACAUUGGAAGAAAUACAGAUUCAUGUUGUUAUGCCAGUAAUGACACGGCUUUCCAAGGUCAUUGAAGCCACAUAUUUAACUGCUUCAGGUUGGCCUUUGCUGCAUACAUCUUGGCUUGUCGUGAUAUUUGAACGUUUAUUCCAGCAUGCAACCAAGACCAUAAGCAGAUGGGGUGUGACGCAAGUGAUGAGUCUGGACUUAAGUACCUGUCCUAUUUUUUCUCAGGUUGGCUCAAAGUUUGUGCUUGGUCCUGUACUACAAGCGUUGUCGGACUACACGCUCUACAUCAAAACAACCGAGAAAAGUCAAUCACGGUUUUCUGAUGCUACUGAAAUGAUGCUGGGGUUCUUUACUACCUGUGUUGCCAGCCUUCCUGUUGAUCAAGCAAAAGUUUUCCUACAGGAACUCCUGUCUGCUUUUGUGGACUUGCGAACAAAACCUGUUCCACUUGCAUUCCUUUGCCAGUCCCUAGCAAGGGUGCCAUCGUUCAAGGCUUGGGGAAACUCAUCGAUGAAGUGUCUUAGGGACCUAAUGAGCAGUGGUAUAUCAACCAUACAACCCCUGCACCGUGGGGCAAUCCAAUGCUUUUUGAUGGACUCUGCUAUAAACUUGAUGGAUGCUGCAGACAUUAGUCUGCAUCAGUUAUGGACUACGCUUGCUGUCCUCAAUCGUGAUGAAUGCAUGCAGAGAGGAACCAUUCUUUGGGAAAAGAUUGCUAACUGGCUUCAGGUAAAUGCUUUUGAACUGAAACUUAAUACAAAGGUCCAAAGUUUGUUUGAAGCAAUACAACUUGAAGUAAUAGAAUACAUGACUAUUAGCCACUCAGAUGGGACACCGACAAUGUCAUCUGCUAAAGAAGCUACUAAGGUUGCCAGGAUGUUGCUACUAAUUGUUGAUGCCAAUCACAGAGCUAAGUAA